GUCGCUGUGCGGGCUUGCUGUGGCUUGUUUCACAGUGGCGCACCGACAGACUUCCUCAGAAUAAGAAUUUAAUCGUCGUUCUCCCACAAGAACGUGGACUGCACACCGUGGCAAUGAAGCGAGUUUUUACUGUUGCGUGCUUAUUGACAGCUGUCGCCUACUACGUUUACAUCCCACUGCCGAGUACAAUUUCAGAACCAUGGAAACUGAUGCUUCUAGACGCAACGUUUCGAAGUGCCAUACGAUUGGGGAAUCUGGUCCAUGACUUGGGCCUCACUCACCACAUCCACGUGCUGAACUUUGCAGUGAACCACUUUGAGAUGCAGGCCCCAGAGUCGAGCAAGGGUGUGCGGGUGCAGGACAUGUCCUUUAGUGGAGUGCAGGUGCGGCUGUUUGAGUCCACUCGAGCAGAGGAGGGCCAGCUAAAGAGGGGCGUGGUCUACCUCCAUGGUGGGGGCUGGGCCCUGGGGAGUGCCAGGAUGCGGUCCUAUGACUUUCUCUGCAGGAAAAUGGCAGAGGAGCUGAAUGCCGUCAUUGUGUCUGUGGAUUACCGGCUGGCCCCGGACGCACAUUUUCCCAAGCAGUACGAUGACGCUCUGCAGGCCUCCAGGCACUUUCUGACUCCUGAGGUUCUGGCCCGAUUCUCUGUGGACCCAAACCGGGUCGCAGUGUCAGGAGAUAGUGCUGGGGGCAACCUGGCAGCAGCGGUGGCCCAGGAGCUUGCCAUGGAUAAUACCACCCCCAUCAAAUUCAAGCUACAGGCCUUGAUCUACCCUGUGCUGCAAGCUUUGGACUUCAACACACCCUCGUACCAACAGAACCGAAACAUACCCAUCCUGUACCGUCCCCUCAUGGCCAAGUUUUGGCUGGAGUACCUGGAUGGAGACCCCAGCUUCAUCCAGGCCAUGCUGGCGAACAACCACUCCGCCCUGGACCAAAACCAGGCUGCACUGGGUCGCGCCAAACUCAACUGGACGCUGCUGCUCCCGCCCGCCGUAAAGAGGCACUACAAGCCCGUGGUGCAGACCCGCGGGACGGCCCGGAUCAUUGAGGAGAUCCCGGGGCUGCUGGACGUGCGGGCUGCGCCUCUGCUAGCGGAGCGGGAUGUCCUAAGCAGGACCCCGCGGGCGUACAUCCUGACCUGCGAGCACGAUGUGCUGCGGGACGACGGGCUGAUGUACGGGCGUCGCCUGCAGGAGGCGGGUGUGACCGUCACCAACGACCACUACGAGGAUGGUUUCCAUGGCUGCAUGAUCUUCGCCUUCUGGCCCGCCUACUUCUCGGUGGGCCAGCGGACAGUGAAGAAUUACAUCCACUGGCUGGAGCAGAAUCUGUAGCCUUGGGCCUUCUCGUCACUCCCUUGCAUCAUGUACACUGUAAAGGCCAGUGUAUUGUGAAUUUGCAACUUGUAUUUUUGUUUUUAGCUUGCCAAUUGGAACUUUUUAUUUGUGCAAUGCAACUUGCCAAUGCAAUGAGGCUGUGGAUGGUGAUGUCCUCUGAGGUAGUGUGUGUGUGAGUGUGUGUGUGUGUUGGGGGACUUCACUAAACACUUCAGGGGUGAUUCUUUGCACAUUACAUCUGAGGAAAACUAAGGCUGCUUAUAUUUUAAAGCAGUCAGUGUUGUUUUUACUGAAGAAAGCCAAAUUAUUUUAUGACAUGGCUUGGGGAGCUUAAGGUAUAUCAUCAAACCUUUGGGGAUUUUCAGUAGAAAUGCAGCCUCCAAAAAUCCUCUGACGUUUGGUUUUAACAGUGCAAUUUAAUGCAUUUAUGUGCACAACAUAGCUGGGUGAGCCAAGGAGUACUAUAUGAUGGCUAAUUAUCCCUUAGAGAGAAUGUCAGAACCCAGGUUUGAACUUUCAUUACUUGAAAGUAACAUAUAGAAGAUUCCAGAAAGCAGAUUAUUUGAUAGCUAAAAGCAAUGUGCUUUGUAAGAUUUUUCACUUUGUUAUUUUCCUUUUAUGAGAAGACAUGGUUCAACAUAUUUUUUCUGUAGUAAGAAGUAGAAAGGUGAAUUUUAAGAAUCCCUUUUUAAGAAUUUUAAGAUUUUGCAUAUACGCCUUCUCCUUUUUUUCAUGGGAAGUGUGUUGAGAAAAAAAAGUGAAGUCCCAGUUGCAUGGGGCUCUUUUAACGAUGGCACUGGAGAGCAUUCCGCAGAACUGCUGAAGGGUAAUGCACAUGGGACACCAUAUGAAAACAGAAAGGCUUUUGUUCUCCAUGUGCAAUUUCCAGUUAAGAUUUUGCACUGCUAAAAUAAUUUGGUACACAUUUGAUUGAAACCCUUUGCUUUUUGAACAUUUCUCUUUACCCUCUUUUUGCACAUAUGCACAUAGCAAAUAAGUAUUCUUUGUGUUAGCGUUUUUAGUUUUGACAGUUAAAACGGGAAAGUUUUAUGGUUAUAAGUUAUUUGCAGACGGCACAUUUCACAAAACCCUGGACAAACAUGUUUUCUCACGCAGGAAAAUGCUUUCAUAUAGAAUUUUUUUUUUCUGUUUGUAUUACUUUGUGUUGAUAAGUUGAUAAUGCAUCUCUGGUGGUAGAAACCACUGGGCACAGACAGAUAGGUGAAAUGUGUAAUAAGGCUGCGUUUUUGUAGCUUUAUACAGGAUCUUUGGCACUGGCACAUAUCUGUAACAGCCCUUUCCUCUGCAGUUUCCUGGGGAAGGCGCUCUAGCUGCUCUAGCCGUGAACGUGCCCUUGACUGUAUAGAGGACAAACGCAUUCUGAAAAUGUAUUUCAGAACUGUCAUAAAAAUGCUUUUGGCACUUAUUCAUAUGUGGGUGCAUGUACAUCUGUUUACCUAGAUAGAUGAGCAGGUACACAGAAAGGGGUACACUGUGCAUUCUAGAAUGGGCUUACAUUCCUUUUUUAUUUGACAUUGUCCGGUUUAGAUACUUCAGCAUGAUUCCUCCUCUCCUUGCUAAUUUCUAACCUGUAAUGUCUGUGUUAGUACUAUAAUCUGUGUGGGAAAAAUCAUCUGCAAUAAAUUUUAAUAUGAUUUUUAAGGUAAAAUGUGUCAUAAAAUGGAUUAUAAUAGUGUUAUCUCAGCUUGUGAGACACUGAAAUGCUUUUUUUCUUUUUUUUUUUUGGUUCACAGACUGUGCCCUGCUUCAGUGCCUGUGUGUUUAUAUUCUGAUUGCACUGUACAAAUUGUGGUGUGUGUGUGUGUGAGAGAGACAGAGAGAGAGAGAGAGUGAGAGGAGAGACAGAGAGAGAGGGAAAGCGCAUGAGAGAGAGAGAUGUGUGUGUUUCUCAACUAGGCUACAGUUUGGACAUUUGGAAUUUUAGAUUUUUAUGAUUUGAUGCAGACCACAAAUGUUGCUUAUUUGCUGCUUUUUUAUGAAAAUACAAAAAAUACUGCUGAAAAUACAGGUAAAGUGAAAGCUGAA